CCCGAGAGCAAUGGAGGCGGUGGGGAAGAGCGUGUGCGUGACCGGCGCGGGCGGCUUCAUCGCGUCGUGGCUGGUGAAGCUCCUCCUCUGCCGGGGCCAAUACAAGGUCCGCGGCACCGUGCGCGACCCUGGUGCUAGCAAGAAUGCUCAUCUCAAGGUGCUGGAAGGAGCUGGGGAAAGGUUGCAGCUUGUCAAGGCUGAUUUGUUGGACUACAGCAGUGUUGCUUCAGCAAUUGCCGGCUGUGAGGGUGUCUUCCAUGUAGCUAGCCCUGUCCCUUCCGGUCGGUCCUCCAACCCUGAGGUGGAGGUCAUAGGUCCUGCUGUAACAGGUACAACCAAUGUGUUAAAGGCUUGCUAUGAGGCAAAAGUUGGGCGAGUUGUGGUGGUGUCUUCAUGUGCAGCUGUCUAUGCUAAUCCUAAUUAUCCCAAGGGUAAGGUCUUUGAUGAAGACUGCUGGUCAGAUGAAGCUUACUGCAGGAAGAACGAGGAUUGGUAUUUUGUUUCCAAGACACUGGCGGAACGAGAGGCUUUUGCUUAUGCAGCAAAAACAGGGCUGGAUGUUGUAACUAUUUGCCCGUCAUUAGUAUUUGGACCCUUGAUGCAGCCUACAGUAAAUUCGAGCAGCAAAAUCAUCCUUAAAUAUUUCACAGGAGAUCGCGAGACUGUUGAAAACAUACUCAGAAAUAUGGUGGAUGUUCGUGAUGUUGCUGAUGCUCUUCUUCUGGCUUACGAAAAGCCAGAAGCGUCUGGACGAUACAUCUGCAGUUCACAUGCAAUAAAAGUUGCUGAUAUGAUAAACAUACUGAAGACCUUGUAUCCAUCUUACCCUUAUCCCAAAAAUUUCGUGGAAGAUGAUGACAACUCUGUAUACAGCUCUGAGAAACUGCAGAAGCUGGGGUGGAGCUUCAAGCCUAUAGAGGAAUCCCUCCGUGACACUGUUGAAUCCUACAAAGCAUUUGGCAUCCUGAAUUGAACAUCCAGCUAGGACUGUUCCAUCUGCUGUUUUUGCCUCCGAACUCUUUCUGAAUAAUGUAUGUAGGCAGUGAAACAGCAUUGCCAGCAGGUUAAUCCUGGCAUCAUGCUGGAGCAGCACUGUAGUUCUAUCUUUUUCUUUUUUUUUUCCAUCCCCAAUACUAUCUAGUGGUUCAGGACCAAAUAAGUAGGCCCAGUGCUGACUGGUUUAUGGCUUGUGGCCUAUUGUCGCUGCUAAAACUAGAAGCGUUCGUACU